GUUACUUGAUUUGGUUAGUUGCUAUAAGUAGAAAGGAUGGUUCGUGUGCAACCUUCAACAUACGACCACUCUCUCUUCUCUCUCUCUUAGUUUCUUUAAUUCUUCUUCUUCUUCUUCUUUGUAAUACGGUGCCGUUUAACAUGGAUAACCAUCGCAGGACUAAGCAACCCAAGACCAACUCCAUUGUUACUUCUUCUUCUGAAGAAGUGAGUAGUCUUGAGUGGGAAGUUGUGAACAUGAGUCAAGAAGAAGAAGAUUUGGUCUGUAGAAUGCAUAAGCUUGUCGGUGACAGGUGGGAAUUGAUAGCUGGGAGGAUCCCAGGAAGAACCGCUGGAGAAAUUGAGAGGUUUUGGAUGAUGAAAAUUGAAAAGUGAUCAAAUAUCUCUAUGUAGUUUCACUAAUUGUUUCGAUUAUAUUAGUAUUUUAAAAAAUUUCACUCUGUAAUAAGAAAAACUUCUUAAAUCUCAAAUAAUUAACUCUCAAGAACCAUUUAUCGUGGACUGUGAAUAUAGUAGGCCUUCCAAGAAGUGAAAGCAUUGUUGGACUUCUCCUAAGCGGAGUUCUUAGGCCCAAAUUGAUUUUUAUGUUUUUGUUUUA